AUAGUUUUGUAUCAUCAUCUGACAAGGUGUCAAAUGAAGCUGAAGAUUUCCUCAGCAGCUGGCCAAUGACCACAUUUAUACCUUCAGUUUUUACCAUUGUAGUAAUUAUCUCCCUCCCUCUGAAUGUGUUGGCAAUCAUCAUUUUCAUUUUCAAACUCAAAGUGAAAACCCCGGCAUUGGUGUAUAUGCUGAACUUGGCCACUGCUGAUGUGCUCUAUGUCAGCAUGCUGCCGUUCAGUAUUGUCUAUCGGUUCUCUGGAAAUAAUUGGACUCUUGGAGAAGAAAUGUGCCGCUUUUUCAUUGCAGCCCUAUAUUGCAACAUGUACUGCUCCAUCCUGCUCAUGACAAGUGUCAGUGUGGACAGAUUCCUAGCUAUCAUCUAUCCAAUGGAGUCGCUUUUAUGGCGCACAAAGAAAAGAGCCUGGCUGGUCUGCAUCUUUAUCUGGAUGGUGUCCAUAGCUGGCACUGUACCACUUCUGACAAGUGAACUGACACAACACGUUGACUCCCUCGGUAUCGUAACCUGUUAUGAUGUGCUGGAUAUAACAAAUCUUCACAAUUUAUCCAUUUACUAUUUCACCCCUUACAUUACUCUUUUCUUUUUCAUGCCUUUAAUCGUUACAACCUUCUGUUACAUCAGAGUCAUCCAAAAUCUGAGCUCUCCAAAAAUUGAGAGCCCAUUUAAAAGGUCCCGAUCUGUCUUCCUUAGUUUGAUUGUACUUUGUGAAUUUGUUGUUUGUUUUGGCCCAACCAAUGUCAUCUUUGUAAUUUAUUAUUUGCAGUUCUUUAGAACAGUCAAUGAUUCCCUGUAUUCUGCCUACAUCUUAUGUGCCAGUGUCAGUAGUAUCAGUUGCUGUCUUGACCCUAUUAUCUAUUACUAUGCAUCUCCAGAAACUUCAAAAUAUCUGUACAGCUUACUUUCCUGUACCAAAACUCACUCAUUGGCUGAAACUUGACACUGAUAUGCCGCGUACACAUGGUCAGAAUUUCCGACAACAAAUG